CAGAAAUCUUUCUUUCUGGUUCGGAUGUGAUCGACUCAUUCGACUGGAUCUUCAGCAUUGUCACAUUUCGCAUUGGAUCGAGCCUUCUGUCAAAAACCAGAAGAGUGCUGCUGUUGUGAUCAGAGGAUCAGAGAGCGCUAUUCGAUCGUAGUAUUGAGCUGGUGUUUCUGGUUGCUGAAGAGGCAGUGACGGAGAUAGAUAGAUAGAGAGAGAGAGAGGCUGAGAUAGCUUUAGAAUAAAGCGAAGAAUUUGACUGGAUUAGUUGUCUGGAUUGAGUAUUAUUUAUUUGGAAGAAUGGCGUCCAUCAACAAGAUUUCGAUCCGUGGCAUUCGGUCGUUCAGUCCUGACGCUGAAGAGCAAGUUGUGGAAUUUCUGUUUCCGUUGACCAUCAUCUCAGGGGCUAAUGGAUGUGGGAAAACCACCAUCAUUGAGAGUCUCAAGUUCGCCCUGAGUGGAUCAUUGCCGCCUGGAGGAGGCACGCGGUCUGCCGGCCAGAACUUCCUUUGUGAUCCUCGCGGCUGCAACCAGUCUGUGGUCAAGGGAAACAUCAAGUUGCGAUUCACCAACAAGGCUGGGGCUGAUAUGGUGGUCAUUCGAUCCAUGGAGUUGACUCAGAAGAAAGCCACCAUGCAGUUCAAACAGCUAGAUGGGGUGAUCCGAUGCAUAGAUGUCGACACGGGCGAACGAGUCAGCUUGUCACACAAGUGCGGAGAACUGGAUAAGCAAAUCCCAUCCCUGAUGGGCGUCAGCAAGGCUAUUAUGGAUUACUGCCUUUUCGUUCACCAGGAGGAGAGCAGCUGGCCACUGCAAGAGUCAGCAAUCGUCAAAAAGCGAUUUGAUGACAUUUUUGAUUCCACCCGCUACACAAAGGCAUUGGAAAGCUUCCGAAAGACAAAAAAGGAACUGACAAGCCAAUCAAAGGAUAUCAAAGCAGAAGUCAGUGGAUUAAAAUCCGCCAAAAGUGCCUCCGUCAUAUUCCGCAAGGACUUGGACGACCAAAAACAGUCUUUGGCAGUUCUCGAGGAGAAAAGGGACGAGGCCCGGCAGGACAAGAAGGAUGCCGACGACGAGGCAAGUCGCUUGACCAAGAUCAUUGAAAAAACUGACAAAAUCACCGACCGCAUGAAAGACAAAAAACAGGAGCUCGCACAGCUGGAGUCGCGAAGCGAAACUCAAAAACAAUUGCUCGAGACUGAUCUCACCGAGGACAGCAUGGAAGAACUGGUCGAAAAGAAAUCAAACUUUGACAAGGAAAUGGAAAAGGCACACAAAAAGAAAAACAGAUUCGCUCGGCAAGUAGAAUCCAUCAAAGCUGAAAUUGAAAGCUUGCAACAGGAACAAAUCAACCUCAACAGCGACAAGGGAAAGCUCGCCGCAGAGAAGGACGCGCAUGUCCAACGGCUGGAGAAGCGCUUGGAACUGAUGAAGAACGUUGAAAAAACUUUUGGACUGGACUUACAGAGCUCCAUGACACAAUACUCUCGCCUUGACGACUCUUUCUCGAUUAGCCAGCAUGGGGCCGACCCCUCGUCACGAUUCUCCGAAGAAGACAUGAAGAGCUUUUUCAGCAGUCUUGAAGACAAGAAAAAGGAACUGCAGGAAGAGCUGGAAAAACACAAGGCGAAGUACCGAAACGAAGAAAAUGAAUGCAACAGCGCAUUACAAGAGCUAGAAGGGAACAAGAAGUCGUUUGAGAAAGAAAAACAAAAGCUCGCUACUGAAAGCAAGGACAUGGAGCGAAAGCUCCAAGAUUUGGCCCGCAAACUCGGGUCAAAGCGAACCAAGAAAAGUCAUUUGGACGACUUUGAGGAGCAAAUGAAGCAAGCCGUGAAGGAUCUCGAGAAGCUCAGCAAGGAAGACGAAGGGGCAAAGCUGAGGGCCGAAUUGAAGUCGUACGACGCAGACCUGGACAGUAUGAAGGAGUCUAUCGAGAAGAAGGAGACGGCAAGAAACCGGCUCAAGAGUAGCGCACGUUUGCAGCAACGCAUUGACGACAUGAAGGACGCCGCCGUUCAAGAAGCCAGCACCCUCAAGGAAUCACUGGAGAAGCAGCGGCGAAAGCUGAGUUCCUUGAAGAUAGCUCUUCCUGACGUUCUCCCGGAUGAUACUUCCGUUGCUCAGGCUGUAGAGAACAUUCGUGCUUCUAUUGACAGCAAGGCAGAAGAAGCAAAGGAAAAAGCCAACAACACCCGCAAAAAGAUGGAGAACGAGAAGACCGAAGUGUCUAGGGCGUCUGCCUCGUUGCAUGCGGCUAAUGAUACAGUGGCGAUGCUCGAAAGCAAGAUCUCCAAACUCUCGCAAGGCAACAAGAGCGUUAUCGGCAAGCUCAAGCGAAUCGUCGAGGAAAUGAAGGAACAUGGCUUCUCGGACGCGUGGUCAGUACAGAACGGCGAUCCUCAAGAGCUACGUGAUUGGUUGGAGAAGCAGAAGCAAGCGAUCGAGGAUGACGACCCACAAGGCAUUGAGGAUAUCGGGAUCAUUAAGGCCAUUUUGAGAACCCUUCGAAUCAAGAGCAAACAAGACGGUAUGUGUGCUUGUUGUUCGCGAGCGUUCAACGACGGCGAGGAAAGAAAAACCAUGGUAGAAACGCUGCGGUCACUUGGCAAAGAGGGUUCGCCUCUCCUCAAUGUUGAAGAUGGCGAUGAGCGACAAGAGUGGCUUGAAAAGAAAAAGCAACAUGAUAAUUGGAGCACCACCAUCCAGAAGUGUGAUCGUGGGUUGCUGGAAUACCGUUCUGCCACGGAAGAGCUAGCGGCUGUCCGUGACAAAAUGCAGCAACUCGCAAGCACUCAGAGCACCCGAAGCAGAGAGCUUGAGAAGGCAUCCAAAGAGGCAAGCGCAGCUGAGGAGAUAGCUCACAAUAUUCGUGAUCUUCAGGAGAUGGCAAAGCGCUGGAAGUCUGACGCAGCGCGCAUUGAGGAGCACGAAUCUAGUAUCGAAGACAAGAAUCUCCAGCUCACUGCCGAAACGGCUGGCACAGUGGGUGAUACAAGCCUUGAACAGGUGGAGUCAGAACUGGAUGAACUAAGAGAGGCGCAAGCUGGACUCUAUGACAAAAUCAACAAGGGCAACAAGAAACUGUCAGUCCUCAACGAAGAAAUCUCUGCAGCCCAGUCAAAGGCAAGCAGACUUUCCGAACUCUUCCGAGACAAGCAGAAGAAGUUUGAAGAGGAGCAGAAAGCUAUCAAAGAACGCGACGAGCUUCUGAAACGGAAAGAACACAUUUCGAUCGAUAUUGAGAAAGCUUCCGAGCAGAUGAAUUCGUUCCAACAGAAGAUCAAAGCGAAGAAUGACGAGAAGAAGCGAAUCUACAAUAAUGCAAUGUCCCAAGAAAGCAAGCUUUCCAAAAUUUUGGGCGACUUCAAGGGGGAGAUGAAGCAUUUGCAGGACAUCUCGGACCAGAUUGAGAGGUACAACGGGAACGAUCAGUUGGAAAAGAUCGAAGCUGAUGUUGCAGCAAUUCUUGAGAAUAUUGAGAAAAAGAAGGAGGAGAUGGAGCGGAUCCAGCCUAUUUUGGAUGCAGCGUCAAAAGCCGUGGACGAUCAAGCUCGCUAUGAGAAAGUAUUGCAGGACAACAUAGACUUCCUAACGACGUUGGAUGAAAUUUCGCAGAUUGAAGACGAAAUGUCCAAGCUCAAAGCUCAGCGAGAUGCAGUCGAGGGAGGAGAUACGGCUGAGGACUUGCUAAUCGAAGCCCAAGAGAAAAUGCAGAAGAGCGACGCCACUCUUGCCCGCUUGGAUGGACGACGCACGGAGAUUGUCGAGCAAAUCCGUAACUUGCAACGCAAACUUUUAUCGGAAGAGUAUCGUGACAUUGAUUCUAGAUACAGAGCUGAGCUGAUCAAGCUCGAGACAACUCUUCUUGCCAUCAAAGAUAUUGACAGCUAUGCAGGUGCUCUCGACAAAGCUUUGCUUCGCUUCCAUGGAAUAAAGAUUGGCGAAAUCAACAAGAUUGUGAAGGAACUGUGGCUGCUCACGUACAAAGGAGAGGACAUUACCAACAUUGAACUUGAGAGCGGCCAGGAUUCGCGAGCGGCCAAGUCAUACAACUACCGAGUUGUCAUGACGAAGGGAAAUACAAAGAUGGACAUGCGAGGCCGUUGCAGUGCCGGUCAGCGAGUCUUGGCCAGCUUGGUCAUUCGUUUGGCAUUGGCAGAAACAUUUGGUGUUCACCUUGGUGCGAUGGUGCUAGAUGAACCAACUGUCAAUCUUGAUGAGAGCAAUCGCAAGGGACUAGCUAUUGCCAUGGCUCAGAUCAUUGCCAAUCGGUCCAAGCAAGCGAACUUUCAGUUGGUGUUGAUCACUCACGAUGAAGACUUCAUCUCGUUGAUCAAGGACACAUUGAGCACUCAGGCUGGUGUGAGCAUGCCGGAGAAGUACUUUCAGGUUCGGCGGGAAGAGGCAUCAGAUGGAAAGUUCUACUCCAAAAUUGAUGCACUGGACUGGGACUCUUUGUUGUAGAGCCAUCAAUAAACUAGCUAGCUAACACCACGCUGAAUCAGUUGUUGUGUACGGAAAAAAGAUCACGUACACGUGUUUGAAACGUAUUCUCCAAUAUCUCCCGCACCGUGGCGCAUUC